AUGCAUUCAAAGAAUAAUGCACAAUUUCAACAAGCUUCCUAUUCGAAAGUUCCCCCUUCCACUGCUGUACUAUUAAACAAUGAGACCCACAGAACUAAUCGCGACAACAGUCCAGUACAGAAAGAUAUCAGCGACAUGUCUGGGUCAACUGGACCAUUUGUUUCGAAUAACAUUUCUAAAGAAAAAUCACAACAACCACCCAUGAUGUUACCAAACUUGAGAGAUUUACUGAAUGAAUCAGCACCGCCUUCAGCACAUGUUGCAGAAACCUUGUAUCCACGUGUCCAGUACCAACAAUCACAGCCACAGAAUGGUGGCAACUUUAACUCCAGAAACUUGCAUUCAUACUAUUCGAAUACAAACAACAACAUGUCUUCCAAUCCCAUGCAUCAACAACAAUAUCCAAAUUUGGGUUUUGAUAAAAUCCCAGCUCACAUUCAAUCCAACUCUUCCCAACAAAAUCCAUUAUUCGAAACAUCACAUGCAAGGUAUUCACCACCACAUCCACAACAACAUGUAUACUCUACUCAACCACCACAUACCAUACAACCAUCACCUCUUCAACAACAACAUGUUUCAAGAUUAUCACCUCCUCAUGAUCCACAUCCCCUCCAACCAAUAACUCAUCAACAACAUUUAAAUCAAUCGUCUCCUCCACCACAACAACAACCAAUGACACAACAACAACAUAUAAAUCCACAAGUGAUUGCGAAUAGAACAAUUCAAGAUUUGGAGAGAGAACUCGAUUAUCAGUCGAGGUUUAUUGUAGAGUUGGAGAGGCAGAAUAGUGAAUUGAGAAGGGAGUUGAUGCAUGUGAGACAACAACAACAGCAACAACAUGUACCUUCACAGACAAGUUCUAAUGGAUCAUCUAUAGUACCAGCUGGUACUGCUCGAAUGAUGCCUAUUCGAACAAAGAAUGAUCCAUUCGAAACUGCCAACAAGAAGAGAAAUUUUGCAGAUGUUCAACCUACUACUGUAGGAGGAUCUGCAGUAACGACCUAUCUUACAUCGAGUGUAAAUGAUUCAAAGAAGAGAAAGACAAGCGCAUCAUCACCAAGUGCGUCAUCUGCAUCAAAUAUCUUAGAUUCGAAUAAUAAUAAGGAAAUUUCUAUUGUUGAUGAAUCAGUGGACAAGUUAAAUACUGCAAACAUGCACAAGUAUAUUGUUAAAUGGAAGGGCGAAACCUAUGUUCUAGUCAGCAUUUUCAAGAAUAGAACCCAAAUUCUCAAUUAUUACGUUCCUCUCUAUCAGAGUCAGAAUCCAGAUAAGGUUUGCAAGAUUGUGUUGAGUAAUGAAGAUUACAAACAACUUUCUAAUGAAAACCCUGACACUGUUGAAAAGAAGAAGCAUGCAUGGAGAGUUUCUGUGUUUAGUUUGGAUUUUUACAAUUUUGUAAAGAAUUUUCAAAAGAAAAAUCAUCAACAGAAAGCUUCAUCCUUCAUUCCAUUUGAUGCCACAACACAAAUAAAUAAGUAAUUUGUU